CCAAUGUGUCGUCUCUACUGGUAGCCUGUUUGAAUGAUUAUACCCAUACGAAGAGAGCUGCUAGUACGAGUACCUUGGAUGGCUAUCGCUUUCGAUGAUGUGAGUAGUACUCAGCGCUACGCAUUUGUUUACCAGGACGGGACACAAACAUGGAGCGCGCGGCGUAGUAGUAAAAGUGAAAAAAUGUCCACGUGGUCUCCGCAAGAAGUCCGUCUUGAAGAGUUGUACACAAGUGGUCCCAAAGUGUAGCUGACUGCUCUCGACGAUUAUCCGCCAGAUGCGCAACCCCACAUCAAGCACGUCCACCGGCAAUCCCCGCCUCGGCGGGGACGAUGACGAGGGGCCGAUCCUUGUGGACCGCACCGAACAUGUCAUCGACGAAACCACAACUGCGCUGGAAGACGAGGAGCUGCUGCUCCAGCAGGAGCGAGAAGAGCGCGAGCAAGAGGAAUUGUUUCAGAAACAGCGCUCGGCGGACAGGGGCAGUAGAACUGGUGGCGCACCAGCCAAAGGCCCAGGAGGUACUACCAGUGCUUCGGCCUCCAGAGAGUCCUCGAAGCAGUUUCCUACUGGUGGUAGUGCUGUCGGACUCGGGCAGAUUUCAGAUGGAGACAGUCAGCAGCAGCAGUUGCAGCAACUAUCUCAAUCUGGGUCUCCCACAGGGGCACCGGAUCACCACCCUCUGCUUGAUGGGCAAAUAAAACUGACCCAGCAGCCGCUUUCCGACCACGAUUCAGGUGAGUCUACCACUUCCGAAGACCAUUUAAACGAUGUUUUUGAAAUCCGGGAUUUCACCGCCGUGUCGCCGCUGGAAAAACUCUCUCGGGAGCUGCAACUGAUCGUGAAAGGCUGGAGCAGCCACUUCAAAUCUACCUCGGGAUGUUUGACGUCCGUGGUAGAUUGCCGGGAUACCGCACAGUGUUUGAAAUUGUUGGAGCAGAUGCGGAGAAAUAGUGGCGGAACUUUUAGUGCCGCUGGCGGGAAAACAUCAGCAAACAUCGCGAAAACAAAUCAAAAUCUUCCAUCGCCCGCGGCUUCAGUUCUAAUCGACCACCAGGAAAAGGAGUUUAAAGCUUUGACCCUGCAAUUCCAGCAAGCGCUGCAGUUUUACAGCGAGCACAAGUCGUCGCAGGGCCGGAUGAUCGCGAGAUUUCGGUUCAACAACAUGAAAUACCACCUACAUGUGUACUACGGCCGCCCGGUACCGCUGAACGUGACGGAUGAGCUGUUUCAUCGGUUUACGAAUCAUAUAGCUGGUGGUGGUGGUGGUCUUCGUCUUGUUGUUGGCGGCGGGCCCACAACGACAGGCGCUGCUAAGUCGUCCACUGGUAUAAUCGCUGCUAGCUCUAGCGCAACAUCAACUGCCCCCGCCUUUCCACCGGUCCUGAAAGAGCUCGCGGACCUACUCGCGCAGGAGCAAAAAUUUCCCGUAAAGUGCCACCCGAAUACCCGGAGAUUCGGCGUCCGGCAGUUCAUCAUGGUGACCCGGGAGCGGGUACCAAAUGCAAAAAUGUCUGGGUCUGGAAGGUUGGAACUUGUGAUGCUAACUUUGGAGUCCAAAAAAAUUUGUAUUGCAUGACCAGCAAGAGGAGUCUAGUUUGUGCUACGCGGCGGGGAGGGCGUUUGUCAUGCGGAGUAGGCAUCAGCAAGCCCUCUAAAAAUCUGUGAUGCUAGGGCGUGCAUUACAGACAUCCUGGGUCAUGCAAAAUAUGCAUGACAAGUCUCAGAAUUAUCUUCCAGACCCAGACACUUUUGCAAUCCAUAGAGGGAGUCGCAGGAAAUUUCAAACGACUCCGCGAACUUUCUCCUGUCCGCGAUGCUGAUUGCGUAUGAACGCCUCAGGUUUGAAAUCCUGAAAGUGGAAAUGAUUUGUAAUGCAAAAAAACGAUUCCAGUUGAAGUGGCAUUUGUAGUCGGCGCAUGACAAAUUUCCCGGGCACUUAAAGCGUGUCUGUCAUGCAGCUCAAGGCAAGGGGGGGCCCUUCUGUCGUGCUAAGCAGCACUCCAAUUCUUGACCCCUAGCAGGACAAUAGUCAGCCUCCAUUGCGUUCUCUGCAAUACAGUCUUUUUUGCGUCGCAUUUCAUGCAUCACAAAUCAUUUCCACUUUGAGGAUUUCCAUUCUGAGGCUUUCAUAUUGCGGUGCGAGCGGCGUUUCCGACCGCCGGGUUCAAGAGCCUGGAGUGCGGGAGGAAGGCAAGGGGUGCAGUACAACUAGCUGCGUCGAGUAGUCGUGGCCCCGGGGCGAAAGCACUGAAUAAGAAUAAUAUUAAAGCGGGUAGAACAAGAACAUCUACAUCUUCUUCAACAUCACCCGCAUCAGGAACUACGACUAUUGCAGUCCCUACUACUUCUUCUUUCUCCGACACUGCCCUGGACAUCCCCUGUUUUGUGAACCAAAACCCGGGUGAGGUAUGGAUUGCAAAUAUGUCUGGGUCUGGAAGAUUGUCAGCUUUGUCAUGCAUAUUGGGCACGAGGACCCAUGACGCCUGUAAUGAAUGACCUAGCAUCACAGAAUUUCAGAGGGCUUUCUGAUGCCUUUUCCGCAUGAGAAAUGCCUUCUCCGCAUAGCACAGACUGGACUCCUCUUGCAUACAAAUGCUUCGCGGGUCCAAAGAUAGCAUCACAAGUUGCAACCUUCCAGACCCAGACAUAAUUGCGAUGCAUAUGAGGGGGUAAAUGGCAAAACGAUCGGCGAGGGGUUCUUCCUUCUCCCCGACAAGAAGACGGCUUUGCGUCGGAAUUUUCUCUCCUGCGCGCGGUCGAGUAGACACGUAGACCCGCUACUGAAGGACCUACCCGGAUUGCUGAUCUUCUGGGAAAGUUUGAGAAAUAAGGUGCCGAGGGAGGUCAAUUUGAAGUACAGAAAGGACUGCACUUGGACGAAGGCGGAGCAUUUGACAGAGCUCUUUCACGCUUGUUCUCGUACGGAUGUUUCUGGUGCAGCUACGGUUGCAUCUUCAUCUACUGCUGCAUUUAUGUUCCCGCAACUGCAGCAACCAGUUGAAAACUAUACAGGGAAGACCUCCAAAUCUCUUACCCCAAGGGAAUUAGUCCGCGUCCAGCACGGCCCGCAGAUUCGCGCCCGGUUUGUGUACCUUAUGGCGCUCUCAACUGUUACAUUCUCAACUGUUACUUACAUGAAUUCGUGAUGCAAGAAUGGCAACAGUAAAAGGGGCUAGCUUGCUGCUUUCGCAUCACAGAUUUGGCACAGAUUUAGGCGCUGUUGAGUCCUUCGGAAAUUUGUCAUGCGAAGCAGCUUGAUUAUCUGUCGGCUUAAGGUAGUUCCGCAUGACAAAUCAUGUAACAGUUGAGAAUGUAACAGUUGAGAACGCCAUAUACCUCUGCGAAGAGUUCGACGCCAUGAACUAUGACCCAAUUGUGGGGAAAACUUUGGAAUUGAUGCAGUUGUUCUGCCUCUGGGGACCGUUUUCGAAGGGGGACUACUUUGGCACCACGGGCAUGUAUGAUGAGGAAGAUGAAGUAGAGCUAGUGCUGUCCUCAUCUACGGCCGCGCAGGAGCAGGAGGAGCCGGGUUCCUCGCCUCAGAAAUCACCUGCCGCUGGUCCUGCUGUGGUUCCAGGCGGUGAAGACUUACCCGUAGCACCAGUGCCCGGAAUAUUAACCACGGACAGAGUAGAUGAGCAGGAUCCAGACCGGGGCUUAGCAAACCACCUGCUGGAAAAAGAAACUACGUCAAAAACCACUUCGAGCAAAGGGAGUGAUCCUGCUGAAACAGUUACACUUACAGCACCACCGGCAGAUUUUUCGCCAAAUAAACCUGCCCCACCACCACCUCCACCCCCGCCUCCGCCGCCAUCGUCCCUCCCGGCAGCGACGAGAACGAACCAAGAUGACACAAAAGAGCAGAGACCGUCCGUCGCGUCUUCUGUGCCCUCAAAUUUGAGCAGAUCUCAACAGCAACAGCAACACCCUCCCAACACCGACGACGAGGAAGAGGAUUUUCUGAACCCGUACAAAGCCCAAGUUUGGCAGUUCCGAGUGACGUGCACGGAGGCGGAGAAACGGCGAAGUUGGAUCCGAGAGCACAUCGAGUACUUCCUGGAUUUCGAAUCGGAAACCUCGGACACAGAAUCCCUCACCCAGUUUCUCGGUACGACCACUGGGUCGACCGCUAGCGGACAGAGACUGAAGAACCAGAACACCGAGCAGCAAACGGGCUUUGGGUUAACCGCGUUAGGAUUGCAUCUCGCCAACGCGUACCAGGAUUUCAUUUUACCCUCGGAGAACGAGCAGCUGAAGAUUUUGGACUCCUGUUUCACGCGGAUAAGGUCCAACACGGAUGCUAUCGUGUAUGACCAGGUCAUGGAAUUGUUUCACCAGUAUGAGUCACAGUGUAUCGACACCCGACGCAUCGUGUCCCAGGAAAACCACAACUUCCGCGAAUCGGAAAAAACGGAAAUCCUGGAGGACUGGGAGGGACACAGCUACAGGAGUUUCGUCGACGCAUUAGAGUCGACCCUUGGGGGACUGUGUAUCGAGGCAGAUGUUGAUAAAGAUAAUUUGCUUGAAAAGAGCAGAAGUAAAAGCAAUUCACCUUUUGAAAAUAGAGCUGAACGAAGUGGAAGUGCACCUCCAUCUGCGACAACAAGAGGAGCGAAUAUGGUGUCAACAUCAACCAGCACUCGCUCUUUCACCAGCACUCUCCGUACCUUGAACGACCUGCACAAGAUUACGCAGACUAGUUUGAAGGGCGCGCCGGCGAUUCUCUCCACUUUGUUAGAGGAGAUUGUGGUCCGGAAGGGGGUUUUGAAUUUCCGUUAUGCAUUGCAAAAGUAUCGUACUCGUAUAAAUGCAUUACAAAUCUCCUCAGCAUGAGAAAUGAAAUUUGCAAUGCUGAUUUACCUUCGGAACAAGAUUUGUAUAUGCAUGACUGCAAUACGAAUACGAGUACGAUACUUUUGCGCAGGAUAUCCGCGCCAUCUGCACCAUGUACUUCAAAUUAGUGCAGAGAAUACGGCUUUUCUGGUAUCCUGAGCAAAAAUGUACCCACCCCAGAGUUGUCAUGCAGAUUUGCAGCUACAGGAAGAUUUGUAAUGCGCAUACACAUGAGAGGCAUUUCCAAUCACGUUUUGCGCUUUGCAAUGCUGUCGACAGGAUGAGUAGAUGGAUUUGUGUUGCGGCUGUGCUUGCUAAACUGCACUACAAUACCUCGACGAACUUGUCAUGCUGGACCCCCAAAACUUCUCGAUGUGUGUUGCAAAAUCCCCAUCUUGACUCUGGGGUGGGGACGUUUUUGCACAGGAUAUCUGGAACGAACGACUCCUCAACGGGGCCAGCGCUGUCGCGUCGAAAGCUGCAGCAGAUGCGCAGCCGGGGGCUGGAGUGGGAGGAGCGGCAGGUGCUCUUGGUUCCGAGCAGCAGCAAUUUUCGCAGCCCUGGUUUGUCACUAAUGAUCUUGGACAAAGAAUAUCUCCACCGACGUUGGAAAUAGAUGAAGACGCAGCAGCUGAAGCGAAGCUCACAGCGAAACGGAAGCGCCGCGCUCUCGCGGACUUGGGCUUGCGAAGGGCAAAUGUGACCGAUUUCCAGAAUUGCUUGCUCUACCAAAAGUUUCACGUCGUUUUCUACUGCAUUGAAGCGGAAAAAUCAGCUUCGAACAGGAGGGGACUGGAAGACUCCGUGGAAUUCAUCCGGAACUUGUCAGCUACGUCAAGUUCAAGUGGCACGACAACUGGUGCCGGAGGAGCCAUAUUAAAUGGAAUACAGACAGGACUGAAUACGCCAAUGUCCAGCACGACUGCGCCCGAUACAACACCCGGACGGGAGGAAACAAAUUACUCUCCUCCCGUCAGCGAGAGAAGUGACCAGCAUCAGCCGCCGUCGUCCGCGAGUUCUGGCAUCGUCCAUGUGCAGCAUGACAAUGUGCCCCCCGGCGGCGGCGGGUUGCAGCUACCGGAAGGAACAAGAAGCGGAGACAAGAAACAAACCGCAACGACGAGAACCACGACCCCAGAACACCAAAAUCGUUCGAAAACGAAAAUCGAGGGCGGGAUUUUGGAAACUGCAUUCUUUUCGCACAGUAGUAGUACUACCUCGUCCGGAAUAGUGAACGCUACCUCUGGAGCUUCCACCGCGAGAAACAAGCACGACAGAGGUAGCUCCUCGACCAGGUCUAGUAGUUCAACGAGCAUCAAGCGAAUGAAUAAGCGAACUGCAGCCCCAGAACAGCAAUUUCCAGUAAAAAAAUCCACCGACAUCCCCAUCGCCAUAGCCCCCCUGAUUGCGGAGGACACGCUCGGCCGGAAGAAGCAGGCGCUGGGGCCUUUGUUAGAAAAAGCGAAAAUCGCCCGGGCGAAAACAACGAAAGCAGCGACUCCGAUUCCUUCGCAAAGGACUGAUAUGAUCACCAAAGGAACUUCAUCAAGCAGCACAGCGGGCGCGUCUCGGAACUACAAGCUAAGUUUUCCUGCUAAAAAGCCUGCAAAUAAGUUGAGCCGGAGGCAAAGGGAGAAUCUCGCGCUACUCGUGAGGCUGCAACAGCAAGUGCCGAAGCUGGACUGUGAGCAAUUUCUGAUGAACUUUGCUGCGAAGACGAAAUCACAGACCAGUCCGAACCAGGAGGACUUUGUGAAGUGGUACACUGGCAUCUGUGACUUCUUCGACGACCAGGAGUUGGCGCUGUUAAAAGGUGUUUUCGCGGAAGUCUUGUGCGAGCAGGAAUGUCCUUUACCGAUUUACAAUUUUCCGCAGGAACCAGAGAAUCUGGACCAUCUGGUUGCGCAUCCACAAAGCACAACUCUCAGCACAAACAGUUCCGACCCCGAUUUAGCGGAGGAUAAAGCGGCAUCGGAGCACUUGAAGCAAGCGAUUCAAACGGCGAAUAGUGCGAAGAUUCAGCACGGGUUGGUGUCGAUGAAAAAACCUGAAAGUUUUAUGAUGGAGAAAGAAGCUGCUGGUGCUCCUGGUGGAAAGAACAGCAAUAGUGGGGAGGUUAUCAAUAGCUCCCAGGACAGCAGUCCGAGCAGUUCGAGGGUAGUGGUGUCAAAAACUUCUACCGACGCGGGGGCCACUGCACCGGUCGAAACUACACAGCAAAAUGGCAAAUCGUCUUCUACUUCCUCGCGAACAGGAGGAGGUGGAUUUAUUGCUCCUAGUACAUCGUCGACAAAGAUUCCGACUUUCAUCGAAAACUUAAUCGAUCCGGCGAUUUUUGAUCCGGAAAAGGACGCGGAAAUGUCGUUGCACUACCUCGUAUGCAUUGCAAAAUCAUCGUACUAGUAGAAAUCGCAUCACAAAUUUUUCCAGCAUGACAAAUGGAAUUUGUCAUGCUGUUUUACCUUGGGAUGGAGAUUUGUAAUGCAUGGCUGCGAUAAUGGUUACGAGUGCGAUACUUUUGCACGGGAUACCUCGAGAACGUGCACACGCGGGAGCUCUGGUCGCAGUUGUUUCAUGUCGUCGUGCAGGUUUUGGUGAAGGAUCUGGUGCAAAAGCACCUUCGCCUGAUCUUGCUCUACGAAGAUUUCUUUUUGGAAAAAUUUCUUCAACCCUUGAACGAACUACUGCAAUCAAUCUUCGAGACCGCAAAGCAGGAAUGGAAAAAGCAAAGGCUUCUCAGCAUGCGCAUGGGGGAAGAUAAUGAUAACGAAAUUGAGGACUUGGAGGACACCGCGUCCUUUGCGUCUGUCAGUUCGGAGGAGGAAAGUAACCUCCAAAACGAGCAGCAAGUAGAAAGGGAAACGGAGAAUAUUGAUGUUGGUACAGCUGUUGCUCCUGAUGCGAAAGUGAAAGACAGUCUCGCAAUGCAGCUGGACGACAUAGAGAACCCGUUUGAUGUUGAUGCAGCUCCUGGACGAGGUGUUCUUGAGAAGAGUUCUCCUGCCGCUGUGUCGUCGCCCACAGAAACUCAAACUCGACCCACCCAGCCAAUGCUCGGGAUCGUGUCGCCCCCCUCCAAGAAAAACCGCGGGACAUCAUCAGCAGGUGCAACUGCAUCAUCUUCACUUGGAAGUAACAGUGCGCAGAAGACCAGCACGAGGACUGCUCAGAUGAAGAACAUUGCGGAGUUUUUGCCGACUAUCUCCAGCAAGGAAGUUCAAGGCCCGUUGUCUUCCUCCGGUGCAAGAGCAAGAGAGCAUCAUGAUGAAUCCGACGAGAAGAGAAAAAUAAACAACGACUCAUAUAACAACUACACCGAAGGUGACCUCCAUGAUGACGACGACGACCCCUUUCCAGACGGUUCCUGGGCCGACUCAGGCACAAAUCCCGUUCCGAGCCACCGCGAUUUGGAACCUCUGCUGGCGUUGCUCGACAGCUUCUCAUUCCAUCUGGAAUUGUGCGUAGCGCUGGACAACGUCUUUUCCUCAAGUAGUACAGGAGGGAAUAUUAACGAUUCAUCUUUGAGCAACAUCAAAACAGCGACGACGAAUGGCAGCGCUGGAGGUGGAUAUAAUGAUCACGCAGCUCGAAACAACACCAGCAAAAAUUCCGCCGAGCAACUGGCCAAGAAGCACUUAAUCGAGCAAAUCCUCCAGAAUCCGCAGCGAUUGGCAAAGGAUCUCGACCCGAGAAAGGAUGUUUUCGCAAGGAAGAUACUGGCAAGUUGCUUCUUUCGGAAGAACAGAUCUCGCAGCGUCGAUUCAACAGCGAGUGGGCUGCAGCAUAUGGCUUCUCAGAGCGCUGGAAAUUAUACUACGACAGCCGGCGCCGGUACUACCCCAGGAACAAGCGGGAUGAGCCACACGGCCGCGGAGGAUCAUUUUCUUCUGCAGCAGCAGGAUGAAGGUAGCCACGACAAUAUCGUUCUGAAGAAGCCGUUUGUGCAAGAGUUUCUGAUCGAGGACCCCUUCACGCGUGUGUACGCGGAGGUCAGAGAUCCCUUCACGCGAGUAGCGACCGCGUAUGCGAUGGCAUAGUGAAGUAGAGGAAGAGCUGCAGCGAGACACAGAUGAAUUCGUCCAGAUGUGAAUGUGAUGAGUUAUGAUCAAGACAAGGCACCUGCUUGAACUCGACGGAGAUGAUCAUGACAGCGAGUUUCAUUUUGAAAGCACGAGACCCAUCAACAUCCGUGCGACUUGUUCUUCGCGCGCACUUCUUGUGU